AUGAUUCUCCGAUUUUACAGUAGUUCUUGUGUGUUAUACAGCAUGAAGAAACAAGGAAUGAAGUUACAUAAAAUGUUAAAUCCCAAAAAUAAACGGCAGUGGUAUCCCUCUCAGACCACAGAUUUAAAUAUACUUCCCACUCUCAAUACAUUGACAAAAAUUCAAAGAGUUCCCGAUAAUCAGGGAAUACGCAGAGUAGCUGUUUUAAAUAAACUAUUUAUGAAACACAUAACAGAUAUAAUGUCCACUGGCACUGUGUCAAUGGAUAUUAUUGGACGAGGAAUAGAAAUAUCUAAGGUGAAUGUUGCAAAAGACUUCAAAACCAUCAAUAUUUUCUGGAUAUGUAAAGGUGACGCAAGUGAUGAAGAUACAGAUAAACUAUUGCAGACAAUUGCAGGGCCCUUGAGACAUGAGCUAUCUACCCUCAGACUUAUGGGAGAAGUGCCAUACAUAUAUUUUGUAAAAGAUAAGCACGAAUCUCAGAUUGUUGAUAUUGACAAACGGUUACUGCAAGCUGAUUAUGGUGAGGACUACACUCCAACUGAUUUGGGGGAGCUAUUAAAAUCUGAAUUUACAUUAAAUCUGAAGUUAUCACCAGAAAUAAAAGCAAAAAUAAAGCAAUUAGAAGACAGUCAAGAAAUAAUUGAGGACCCUAUACCAGAGAUGACAAAUUCUGUGUAUGGUUUAGAUCAUGCAAAAAUUAUGAAUAGAUUGUUAGCAGCAAGAAAGAGAAGUAAAGAAGCCUGGGAGAACCUGCAAUCAGAGUCACCUGUAAUAUCUUACCGCACUACAAACACAUCUCCCUCUAACAUUAAUCUCAAGGAGCAAAAGAAGGAAAUAGCCGAGUUCCUGAUAAAGCGACAGAUCCUUCACAACAAGUUACAGAGGGAAAGACGAAAGCAAGACGAUACACAUGUUGAAUAUGAAAAAAUUGAGGAAAGAAAUGAGGAUAUUUACGAAUUUUGCGAUGAUUAUGAUGAUAAUUACGAUGUAGAGUAUAGUUCUGUAGAGAAAUAA